UCUUGUUCUGAUUUCAGAAAUAUGCUAUUCCAUCUAUGUACGACGUCAGCAGUCCUGGACAUUACAUUCACCAAGGAUCAAGCUCGGUUACGAAGAGUGACGAGGAGUUCGAAAAAGGUGACCAAUCGAAAGGAAGUGUACAAUAUCUCAAUCCCAACUGUGUUCUUCUAACUUACUUUACGGGAGAAACGUCGGUUGUUGUAGACGAACAUUUUACUAGGUCCCUCAAUCAGGUUAGCAGUUACCAACCACCGGACAGAACGGCCAGCAAAACAUCAUUCUCGCGACCAGAUGUACCGCUUAUGUGUCAUCGGAAGUUUCCAGCCUCGUUUUGGGAUAGUGCAUACCAAAGUUCGACGAGCAGUCUUCCACACAGUUUCCAUUUUCCAUCAGAUGCUUAUUUGAAUUCAUCCCUUUAUGCAAUGUCGGGUUUCCAUAAAACAUGGCCUUACUCACUUGCAUCACAGACUCACAGCUACGCUCCGCAACCAGCUCACACCUUUUCUUAUUCACCAAUGGAAACCGCCGCCAGCCGAUAUAGUCCGCACUAUGCACCUUUUAUGAUGCAGUCUCCAGCGCAAAUGAGCAGUCGGAUUGAGUCGAGACACGGACAGUACGACGUCGGGAAAUCGAGUGACCCAUUUAGUUCAGCAUAUUAUCCAGUACCUCGUUUAAGCGGAGAGAUGGGUUCCAGUUUCAAUCUUGAAUCAAGCGGUUUAGUUUCAGGAAUAGAAGUACCAGUUCAACAAACAAAAAAGGAAUUUUAUUGGUGACGGUAGGCUGAUGGUGGAUCGACUUCCUCCUGAUAUUCGAAAGCGUUAGAAAACCCAGUUUUGGAGCAAAGUGUUAUGAGCCGGGACUAGCAUGACUUAACCGUUCGCCCGAUACACGAUUGGGCUGGCACUUCGGCGGUGGAGAUUGACUACAUUGUUUCACACUAUACCCUCUGAUCUACAGAUCAUAUCAAAUGACCAAGCAAUCAUAUCAAACGAUCGAUUAUUAUCGAUCAGACUGAUUAUGCCGACAGAAAAAUUGAACAUCCAAUCAGCGACUAAAACGUAGUCAUUUCCGCUCGGAAGAUCCAAUAACAGUUACGUUAUGAAUGUGCGGAAAGAAACCAAUGAAAUGUAUAAACCAGAGAUUUUUUCAUUUGGAUAUUUGUUCUGUCAGAUAAAAAUAAAACGUUGGCUUUAAACCAUUACCAGUAGCAAUGGAAGUAACUGCUAUAUCCUGAUGGGUUGCGUGACGUAAAUAUUCCAGACUAUUUGUAACUAAGGCAAUUUGUUGUGAUGUUGGCAACGCCACCAAUCUCGAUAUCUUUUGGACUUGACAUGGAGAUAUACUGAGAUUUGAAUCCAAACAAAACAUACUCAUAUAUCAUACAUACACUCUGUGAUCUAGAAGCACAGAAAAAAAACCAUGACAAAGUAAUAUAAAAAAAUAUAUAAAAAAUCAGUCAAAUGUAUAUUUAGAACGAUUUUAAAUUUGCACUUUUGUGAAUCCCUUAAUAAAACUAUGACACAACAAUGCUGUGUGUGACAGAGAGA